AUGUUAAUUGUUGACGAUUACUGGAAAAAGAAAUGUUUUCUGCAAAUAAUGAGUGAAGUACCGAUGACGCCCGACGAGAGUGCACCAGUGUGGUUGUGUUGGGAAUGCGAUGCCUCUAUAGCACGCUUCACCAGAUUCAAGAGUCAAGUUGUAGAGUCACUUAAAAUAUUUAGGAACUACAUUGAUCAGAAUUUGGACCUCGCAGACAUAAAGAGGUCACCAACACUGCGCACGCAGAAAGUGAGCGACAUAGCGAUAAUACCUCCGGACGCGACGUUGCCGUUCUUUGAGGGCGAUGUCAAAACGGAGAUAGACUCGGAUAGCGAGAGGGCGGUGGAGGUGGUGGUGAAGGUGGAGAGGGAUGAGGGGUGGGAGGAGUUCAACGCAGGGUCCAACGCGGGAUGCAUCGUGGAGUCCAACGCGGGGUCCAACGCGGGGUCCAAAGCGGGGUCCAAGGCGGGGUCCAAAGCGGGGUCCAACGCGGGCUCCAAUGCGGGGUCCGAUGCGGGGUCCGACGACGACCGCGCCCUGGCGGAGCUGGCGAAGAAGAGGAAAGCGCGCAAAGCGAAGAAGAGAAGGAGAGAAGUGGAAGUCGUCUACGAAGAGGUCCUUCUCGACAGCGCCCAGGUGGAAGAAGAGAGGAGGGAGAUAGCCUCCAGGGAGGAGUACGUCAACGCGAUGUUCCGUUGCGAGAGCUGCAUCACGACCUUUCCCAACGCGGACGAUCUCAAAGACCACCUCAGGCUGAAACACGAACUGAACGCGUCCGGCCCAGGGUGCCCCGUCUGCGGCUGCACGUUCGCCACGGACGCGGCGCUCGGCCACCACGCGAGGAGGCACGCGCUCAGGUACCGGUGCCUCGAGUGCGGCCGCCACUACCGCAGCAAGGCGGCGGCGGGCAAGCACCACGCCGAGGCGCAUCGCAGCUUAGACUACAAUUUCGACCUCGGCGACGGACUCGACGAGCGUUUGGAGGAGGCGCCGGAAGCGGAGGGAGCAGGGGACAGCAACAGCAACGCCCACUCGGCCACUUACCCGUGCGAGUUCUGCACGAAGACCUUCCGCUGGAAGACCUCGCUGAGGAAGCACCUGGAGAAGCACAGGAUCGAGACGGGCCAGAAGAGGAGACCGUACUGCGAGCCGUGCAGGUUGUCCUUCACGACUUCAUCCAACCUGCAGAAACACGUGAAGACCAGCUCCAAGCACCAGAUCCAGUUGAAGCUGAGGAAGCUGAACGAGACGCUGGGGCAGGACGGCGCCAGUGCGGAGGGCCAGCUCGAUCGCAUCAAGCAGAUGAAGCGCGUGGUGAACAGCGAGCGGCAGCGUUACGCGUGCACGCAGUGCGACCGCCGCUUCCAGUGGCGCGGCAACCUGUUGCGCCACCUGCACAGCCACGACGCCAGGGCGAAGGGCGAGCUGGUCUGCGAACCCUGCAAGCGCACCUUCUCCUCGAUAGCCACGUACCAGCAGCACAUGAAGUUCAGCAGGAAGCACGUGUCCGAAAACGACUUUAAG